GAGAAAAGAGGCUAUGUGAGGAAGCAAAAGUGCAGAAAAAAUACCAGAAAGCAGAAACAAACGUGAAAGGAACAAGGACAAGGGCCAUUAGUUCCUCGAGACCUCGACGCCUCCGCUUUCCCAACCCCACUGCUCUCCUCCUACCAAAUCCACCCGCGGCCACCGCCGAAUCCAACGCCCGAGGGGCUGAUCCUUCCCCCCAUCCAUGGCGAUCGGGCCCGAUAGCCGCCUCAGCGACCUCCCAUUCGGCCGAUUCGGGAUUUGACAAGGUUCAGUGCGGCCUCGCACAGCUUGCGCUGCUCGAUUGCUGAUUUGGCCCGCGGAAUCGCGUGUCGGCUGCUGCUUUUGUUGAAUUGCUUUUGCGAGGGGAGGGGCCGAUGGGGUUGCUGUUCGUGCAGUCCCUCCCGGGGCCCAAGGUGUUCAAGUGCAAGUUCUGCAGGGUUGACUCCGCCUCGCCGGACGACAUCGUGUCCAAGGAGUUCCGCGGCCGCCACGGCCGCGCCUACCUCUUCGAUAGCGUGGUGAAUGUGAGUCUUGGUCCUGAUGAGGAUCGCUAUCUCCUGACUGGAUUGCAUACAGUGAAUGAUAUCUACUGUAGCUGCUGCCAAGGACUCCUUGGCUGGAAAUAUGCAAAAGCUUACAACGAAGACCAGAAGUACAAAGAAGGAAAAUAUAUAUUGGAGAAGAACAUGAUGCUCAAAGAAGGGCGUUAGCCAGGCCAGAAAAGAUGAUCUGCUGUUAAGUCUGCAAAAGCAGACAUUGCAACCGUGUAGUGUUGCUGAAGAUUGGUUGUUGGUAUACUACUAAUUUCCUGAAUAUGGAUUACGCUGGUGAUGGACAUCACCGUGAAAAUGCAUUUGUGAAAUUUAUCGUGCGGCGGGCGCCGUUAUUCUUCUCGGCGGGCCUCUCUGAUAUCUUCUCAAUAUCAUUUGGGUCCACCCGUGAAAGUUUA